AUGCAUCUACCUCUUAUCUUUACCUUUGUCACUACUGCUGCUGCUGCUGCUACCUAUACGGUAGCACAAAAGGCUGCAUGUAAAGGACUAAAGCGAGGUGCGACAUGUGUUCCACCUGAAUGUACGGGAAUAUUCCUCCCCCCCGAUUGUCUGGACCCAGAUCCUAGGAACCCACCCAUUAGUGAUGGUUGCAAUCCUAAAUUCUUUGAGCACCUUCCCUUAGGCAAGCCUCUUAUUGGUCUUAUUUGUAUGUAA